GGUGUCGCAGGCCACAGGGUACCGUUGGCGGCUCGGUUUUGAGUUUUUCUCGAGUUCCAUCAAAGGUCAGCCUGUCGCGUGUUGGGCUUCCCUCUUGGACGUGCGGCGGGGCAGGUUGGUCAUAAUGGCAGGUGAAGAAAUUAAUGAAGAUUAUCCCAUGGAAAUUCAUGAAUAUUUGUCAACAUUUGAAAACUCCAUUGGUGCUGUGGAUGAGAUGUUGAAAACCAUGAUGUCUGUUUCUAGAAAUGAAUUGUUACAGAAGUUGGACCCACUUGAACAAGCAAAAGUGGAUUUAGUUUCUGCAUACACGUUAAAUUCAAUGUUUUGGGUUUAUUUGGCUACUCAAGGAGUUAAUCCUAAGGAACAUCCCGUAAAACAGGAAUUGGAAAGAAUCAGAGUAUACAUGAAUAGAGUCAAGGAAAUAGCAGACAAGAAAAAGGCUGGAAAACUGGACAGGGGUGCAGCGUCAAGAUUUGUAAAAAACGCUCUCUGGGAACCGAAACCCAAGCAUGCAUCAAAAGGAAAAAAGAAAAAUUAGCUUUUCAGUGUUGAUGCACACAUAUUCAAAAAGUAUAUCAUUUUUAUUAUCAUCAAAAGUACCUAAUUAUGUGGCAAUGAAAGGCUUAAAUGUAUUUCUUAUUGAAUUUAUAUGUAAAUAUGUGCUUUGGAUUUGUAAUGCAAAAAUAGUUUUUCCCCAAGAAAGAUUAUUUUUAUUGAUGUUCUUAUAGAGCAGUCUGAAGUUUUAAUGUUAUGAUCUAUUUUAUAUUUAUAGUUUACCAUCUCUUCUGAUGACACUUAUUUCCUUAUAUAGGUCAGUCUUGCAAGUAUCAUUUUAUAAGCAGCUGACUUUAAGUUAAAUGUUCUAUACUAUUUUAAAUGAAUAAUGACCUUAUCUCUGGGCUGGAUUUAUAAGUACAUCUAUUUUCACUAUGUGAUACCAAGAAAGAAUGAAAUGACUUAAUGUCCUUUUUUCCCCCCAUGUAGUUAAUUCAUCAUGUUUUCAUGAGUUGAGGAAUUAAUUGCCUUUUUGAAAUUCGGAGUGUGAAAUUAAAACUUUAAGGUUGUACUUUAAUUUUUGGCACAUUGCCUCAAUGUCCCAUUUAAUAUAAAAUAUAUUCUCAUAAACUUUAGGUGGGAAAUAAGAUUGUUAUGUUGAUGACUGAAUUUUGGCCAAACUGCUGUCCCCUCUUAAAAAGGACUAUAAAUGUUCUGUCGUUGACUUUCUUUUUUGUUUUUGUUAUUCUUAAAAUUGCUUUUAGAAGGUGUUAGGUGGCAUCAAAAGAGAAGUCCAUGAGUUGUUGAAGUUAAGUGCUAUAGUUUUCUUAGUGUCACAUUUUCUUGAUUUUUGAGGCUGUAUCAGUUAUGUACAAGUGUUAUGGAGCAACAUUGUAUGCUGUGUAAUGCUGUUUAAGCAGAAGGUAAUUCCAAAGAAGAUUACAGUGUGCUUAUAUUCUGAGUUAUUUUCCUGAAAUAUUUGUGGGAAUUUUACAUGUUACGUUUUUUUUAUGCCUAAGUCUGUGAAUUGCAAUUGUAUGUUCUUAAGUGCUUUCAGUCUUUGAAUCACAUCAUUAUGUAUUGGAAUGCAACUACAGUAAAGUAAUGUAAUUUUUGAAAAAGGAGUUAAGGUUGUCUGUGAUUAAUUCUUCAUAAGUAACCUUGAAUAAAUGGAUUUCUUGAUUUAUUGUAACAUAUAUUGGAAAUGGUCUUAAAAUGUAAUGAAUUUGUAAAGCAUGUUGAAUUCUUUCUAUGACACACAAAGAGGAAGUCACUGACAGAUGCACAAAAUCUUUUCUCCUCUGAUGCCAGACAGUUUUUUAAUUGGAUGAAUAUUUUUAGGUAUUUUAUAUCAUUUUUAAACUUCUUAUAUUUCUAACUUUUUAAAAAUUUUCUAGCUUUUUUGAGAAAAGUGUUAGAUUAAGGGUGAUAUCAAUAUUUUUGUGUUAUAAAAACUUUGUAUAUUUUUUAGUUUCAUAAAGAAAAAGAUUAAGUAUAUCAUACAGUUAGAGAAAAAUCAUUAGCCCAGUGACUGGUUUGUGAAAGUUCCACUCUAUAUAUUACAUUGGAGUUUUGUUUGUGAGAUUUAUUUAUCUUUUUGUAAGAUAGUGUUAUAGAAGGCGAGAAAGACACAGAACGAAAUCUUCCAUCUGCUGAUUUAUUCCUCAAAUGGCUGCAAUGGUCGGAGCUGUGCUGGUCUGAAGCUUGGAGCCAGAAGCUUCUUCAGGCUCUCUCCUGUGGAUUCAGGGAUCCAAGGACUUGGGCAUCUUCUGCUGCUUUCCCAGGUCAUUAGCAGAGAGCUGGAUCAGAUGUUUAGUAGCUGGGACUUGAACUGAAGCUCUUAUAGGAUGUUGGUGCGACUUGCUAUACCACAGCACUGCCUCUCUUCCCUCCAUUGGUUAUACUCAAGAGACUAAUUUCUCAUUGUUUAUUAGUAAAAUAAAAAAGUUUGUGUGCAUUCUA